GAUAUUAUGUAAGCUAGGUGUGAACGAGUCCUUAGGCGGUGUUGAUGAAUUGUUUACGUUCACGGCGGACCGCAAGCUCGUCAGCUUAAUCGAAUCCUCAUCGAAUCUCGUACAGUCGAGUUCUUUUUGCACCGAUGCCGAGAUUGUAUCAAAAAAAUAAAUUUAAUCUCGCUAAUAAACAUGCAAACAAGAAUCCGUGGGCUACCUGUUGCAAGCGUGUGAGACAAACGAUUCCUCAACCAAUCAGGGAGCUGCGUCCGCCCACGGAGCUCCCUCAUUGGCCGACUAGGACAGAGGGGGGAUACAUGGGGAGACCGAGCCAGAGGCUAACCGUUAAACAUGACACCGGCAAGAAAAGCGCCGCAUUGAGCUUUCGGGAAGCUUUUCACGGGCGCGCUCGGCUUACAACGAUAAUCGGUGUCGCGAUUAACUCAUUUGUAUCGACUUGGUGGUUACUUACAUUAUAUUAGAUAAUGAGAAGAUUCUAAAUAUUUUUUAAGAUAAAAAUAAUGAACUGUUUGAAAAAGUGUCCGAAUAAAUUUUCAAAUUAAUUUUUUUAAUUGACUCGAUUGCUGAGAACGGAAUCAUGUCGCUGGGUAAACAGCCUAAUGAGCAUAUUAAGAGGCCGAUGAAUGCGUUUAUGGUAUGGUCCAGGGGCCAGAGGAGGAAGAUGGCGCAAGACAACCCGAAGAUGCACAACUCCGAGAUAUCUAAGAGAUUAGGCGCUGAAUGGAAACUUCUGACUGAGAUGGAGAAAAGGCCUUUUAUUGAUGAAGCGAAAAGACUCAGGGCUCUACACAUGAAGGAACACCCGGACUACAAAUACCGCCCUCGACGGAAACCAAAAGCCCUUGUAAAGAAAGAACCGAAAUUCGGCUUCGGCAUCAAUGGACUAAUGGCCCCCGUGCCACGGCUGGUCACGCCCUCUAUGCCUCAUCCCGUACCCCAAUUACCGGUCCCACAUCACUUAUUACCGGAAAAACCGGAUCUGAGCCGGGCGCUGUUCCCACCACUACCGUAUCCGUUUUAUCCGUUCGCGAAACUGCCGACCGAUGAUGGAAAAUUAGCUGCGGAAUUAGCUCAUUUACAGGCUCUGUACGGCGGAGCACUGUAUAGCAGCGCUCUCUACAAUAGUGCACUGUCCCCUUGCGGAUGUCCACCACGUCGGACCCCAUCACCCCCCGCCGAUCUCAAACGUCCAGUAGCAUACGUCCUCAUGAAGAGCGACGAGGAGCCUCCUCAACACGUCAUAUGAAGGCCGGUUGCGCUCCCAGCGAGGGCCUGGCCUUCGCAUUGGGAGCGACCCUCCACUUCAGUACAGGAGGUUGAUAGGGAGUGCAGCUCGCCCGACAGCGUGUAAGACUGAACCUAGUGCUUUUAUUGACGGAAGUUGAUCAUUCAGUGUACAAGUAAGUAGACAGAACGUGCAUUUCACAGGAAAGCGUGUAGUACUGUAUGCUCAGUGCGUUAAUAUGAUGAAGUGAUUCUGAAUGAAUGACUAUAAUGAAGUGAAGUCGAUUAUGCAACUACAUUUACAGUGAUUUACCUGACGGCGCAUAAGACUGAGCCUAGUGCAAUAUGAUGUAAUGUUGAUUAUGAUUGUUAAUUAAUUGAUGUAAAAUUGUGCAAUCAAAAGACGAUUCGACUCUUAUUAUACCGAUAGUGUAAAAUUUAAUAUAUAUUACACUCAAUGAAUGCAAAUACCCUGGAUGAUCGUUGUGAAAGAGAUCAGAAUACUUUGAACCGUUUUCAUUAACUAAUACGUAAUAAUUUAGAAAAUAUUAAUAGUGUAUGUUAUUCAUUGAUUAAUAAAUCGGACAUAGAACGAACGCGUACGUUGAAGUAAACAAGCGCCCUUAGUUAAUAAUACGUAAUCGACUAAUUCAAACGUUGUAUAAUCGAAAUACGAAUUGAAACGGUCUAAAAUUAAAAUUAAAUAUGAACUUUGUGGCUGUGGUGUUAACGUUCAGUAAUUCGAGGGUGAUUUGCGGCAUUCCGAGAAAUUGAAUUCCUUCCUCACUUAAACGAAGCACCUCAUAAUUAAGCCUCACAACAUAAAAUUGUAGUCAAAUUAACCUAAGCUCCAUGUUACUAUGGAAUAGCUGACAUAUCAUAGAAUAUAAAAUGUAAACGAAACAGCGUUAGUUAGAUAAUAUGAUGUCAAUUUUGUAAUUAACACACAUUUACCGAUUUUCAAGAACCGGUGCUAGAUCGGUAGAGUAGGACAACACUAAGCUCAGUGCAACUGAGUUAAGACGUCAUUCUGAGUAUUAAUACAGCGAUUAUUUGAUAAUGCGUCGCUGUUCUGAAUAAAACCUUAAUCUUAGUCUCUUAAAAAAAAUUUAUCUUACAAUUCGGAAUGAUAGUUUUUUCCAAAUGUAAUCAUAAUCAAAGCAGUAAUAUUCUAUGUCUAUUUGAAAACACAUUCUUAAUCAUCUAAAAAUUAAUUAAAUGUGUUGAAUGAUGAUUCAUAUUAGGCACUUUCAUAACCUUAGGCAGCUAAGCACCGGAAUAUUAAAUGAAACACAACAAUAUAAUUUAUACAAUAAGGAAAUUAAGUCGAUAUUGUCAUAUCAAAAUAAAUCUGAUUUUAAUCGGUUAUAUUUAGUUUUAAGUUUGGGUGUUUGGUUAUGCCAUAAUAAUGAACAGUAGAAUAGUUGCCAUUACACUGCAAAUAGAAAAGAGUAAGCACUACAUUUUGUUCAUAGCUCGAUAUUCGUUAUUUUUAAUUAGUAGCGUUAUAACUGCUGUAAAUGCUUAUAUGAUUAAGAAUGUGUAUUUCGUUUAACAAAUCAUUCUUAUUAUAAUCGAACUUAUUAAUAGUUGAGUAGUUAUUGUAUAUAAAGACAGUGUAAAUAUAGAACACGUUUUCGUUUUGAUUCGGUUACCAGAUAAUUUAUUGUUUACAUAAUUUUAGUAUGUUUUAAGGUUAUUUCAAGAAUUUAAAAAAUGUCCUUUUGUUGUUACCUAUCUAUCUCUAUUCUUUUAUAGUACCAAUAUAUAAAAAAAUAUGCAGUUGAAGACUUUCAAGUUACGAGCAUUCACUAAUUUUUUUUACAAACAUUGAAUUACACACAUGUGAAAUGCCUAGAAACAAAGGUAUUUCAGUCAAAUUUUCCUUCAAGAAGGUCCGCUGAAAUUUUAUAUGAGAAUUAUAUUUGCGUUCUGUAGACUGUUCUGUAAGACUUGGAUGUGUUUUUUGGCAUCUUUGAGAGCAUCGGUGACCUUGAGCUUGAGUCUUGGAAAGCAAUAGAAAAAAACCAACAAAAGCUUUUUAAAUAAAGACAUUAAAAUCAAUACCGUUUGAAAAGACGGCAUUUCCAUACAGCAGAAAUGUGUGAAGUGCAAAGCUAUGGCUAUUUUUCACUUCAUUUGUUUAAAUAAAUACAUGACUAAUUACUGUCUAUAAACUUUAGUUUUUAUUGUGUAAAAAUGUACAUCACUACACACGACUUAGAUUAAAAUUUGUACUUGAUUAAUUAAUUGUUUUUGUAAAGUAACUAAUUUGUUGUUGAAUUAAUUUUCUUGUUUUAUCAAUAAGUUUGGUUAACGUAUAAUUAUAUUUUAUUAAGUUUUUUUUACAUGUUUAGUUGAAUAAAAUAUUUCGUAAA